AGGAUGUCCACCCAGAACAUCCACCCUUUGAAACCUGCCACCCUGAGCCUGCCACCUGGGGUCCCUGACUCCCCAGGCCGCCAGCGUCGCCACACACUCCCCGCCAGCGAGUUCCGCUGCCUCAGCCCCGAGGAUGCCACCAGCGUGUUUGAGAUUGAGAGGGAAGCCUUCAUUUCUGUCUCGGGUGUCUGCCCCCUAUACCUGGACGAGAUCCGGCAUUUCCUGACACUGUGUCCAGAGCUGUCCCUGGGCUGGUUCGAGGAGGGCCGCCUUGUGGCCUUCAUCAUCGGCUCACUGUGGGACGAGGAGAGACUCACUCAGGAGUCGCUGACGCUGCACAGGCCUGGGGGCCGCACAGCACACCUGCACGUGCUGGCUGUGCACAGCACCUUCCGGCAGCAGGGCAAAGGCUCCCUCCUCUUGUCGCGCUACCUGCGGUACCUGGGCAGCCAGCCGGCCGUGCGCCGCGCCAUGCUCAUGUGUGAGGACGCCUUGGUGCCCUUCUAUGAGAAGUUCGGCUUCCAGGCCAUGGGCCCAUGCGCCAUCACUGUGGGCUCGCUGGCCUUCACCGAGCUUCAAUGCAGCCUACGUGGCCACGCCUUCCUACGCAGGAACAGUGGCUGCUGA